CAACCACAAACUCUCACUUCUCUUGGGAAUAAACACAAACACCUCCCGUGCAAUACACCGAUGGCGGACACAUUAGCAUUCGCCGACGCCGUUGAAGUCGGCUGCGGCAUCGCGUUGCCGAUGACGCUGAAGGCCAUGAUCGAGCUGGACGUGCUGGAGAUCAUGGCAGCAGCUGGGCCCGGCGCUCUGCUCUCGCCGGAAGAGAUCGCGUCAAAGAUCCAAACCAGCAACCCUGAAGCCCACGAGGUGCUCGACAGAAUGCUUCGGUUCUUGGCCACGCACAAAGUGGUGACUUGCGAGGUGGUGGUGGGAGAGGAUGAUGGGAAGAGCAAGAGGCGCUAUGGAUUGGGCCCGGUUUGCAAGUUCUUCACUAAGGAUGAGAAUGGAGUCUCUCUGUCUCCACUCUUGCUCAUGCAUCACUCCAAGGUCACGGCGGAUGCAUGGGCAAAUAUAAAGCAUGCAGUGUUAGAUGGGAGUGUCCCAUUUGUGAAGGCUAAUGGAAUGACAAUUUAUGAACACGAGGACAAAGACCCCCAUUUCAGUGAGUUGUUCAAUGAAACCAUGUUCAACCGGACCACCAUGUACAUGAAAAAGAUGCUUGAAAACUACAAAGGAUUUGAGAGCAUUAAUGUGCUUGUGGAUGUGGGUGGUGGUCAUGGUGGCAUUCUUUCCAUCAUACUAUCCAAUUACCCACACAUCAAAGCUAUCAACUUUGAUUUACCUCAUGUUGUCUCCAAAGCAAAAACCAUUCAAGGAGUGGAGUUUGUUGGGGGAGACAUGUUUGUUAGUGUACCAAGCGGUAGUGAUGCCAUCUUCAUGAAGGAGAUACUUCAUAAUUGGAAAGAUGCGGACUGUGUAAAAAUAUUGAAGAAUUAUUGGAAAGCACUGCCAGAUAACGGGAAAAUAGUUAUUAUAGAGUGUGUUCUUCCUGAAAUCUCUCAAAAUGAUAAUGAAUUAAAAGAAAUUUUUCUUCUCGAUGUUAUUAUGUUGACUUACACGGUUGGAGGAAAAGAGAGGACUGAGAAGGAAUAUCAAUUACUUGCUAAAGCCAGUGGAUUCUCAGGAUUAAAAAUUGCGUGCAACCAAGGAAGAAGUUCUUCGCCGGCAGUACCAUCAUCCACCACAAUGCGAUCUUUCAUCGGUGUGGAGGAGACCGCACUCGAGAUCCAAUUGAUCAAGGGUGGGAGUGAGAGGAGAGUGGCCCAGCAUUAUCGGCUACAGCAUUCGACCAAGGGAGAGGGAGAAAACCAGAUCACCGGCUGCGUAGGCUUUUUUUUGGCUACGAGAGCUAGCUUUUGUGGACCAUGA